GUGAACCCUGGAGAAAUUAACCAAUUUUAUAAUUCAACUGUAUCAAAUCAUCAGAAUUUAGGAUUAGCUACUGUUUCUGAUAUUAGUUUGACAGCGAACGCAAAUUCUUUAGAUGUGCCUUACGUUUUACAAACUCUAAAUUUACAUGAGAAGUUAUAUAUCUCUAUUUUGCAAAAUUUCAACAAUAAUUCACUCGAAUUAGUGAGGUCGAAGCCUGGUAGAAUUUGUUGGAAAGUGUCAAACCAACAAAGUUUGGAAGGUGUGAAAAUUACUGUAAUAAUUGCGGUAAUAAUCAUUUUUGUCAUAUACAUAGAUUAUGUUUUGCAUGUUCCCAACAGCCAAAUUUUCUAAACAAUUGUGAUUAAUCAGGAUGAGCCACAAACUGCUCAUAAAGUUAUAAAUGGCCAAAUUGUGCUUCUGGGAGGACUUGGAAUAGAAAUAUUUCGAUGUUUCGAAGAUGUGCUCAAAUUUAAAUACGAUAUUAUUGCUGAAAAUACAUGGCCAAAACUGCUUGCUAACGGAAGUUGGCUUGGGAUAGGAAAGAUUCUGAAGGAAGAAAGAGCAGACCUUGCAAUAGUUUUUAUCACCUUUCUAACGUCUCGAGCGAAAGAUUUUGGCAUCCUUGUCCCACACACGAAAACUCCAUUAGUUGCUGCGUUCUACCAACCACCCGGCCAAUCGAAAAGAAACAACGUUUAUCUUUUACCAUUCAGAACAGUGGUUUGGCUGAUUUUUAUAAUGACACUGAUUAUAUUUUUUAUUUCGGUGGAAUUGGUUCAUAAAAUCAGCGGGAAUAAAACUUUUACUCCCAAAAAUGACACUUUGACUGUAAUCAAUAUUUUAUGGAUCCAGUCUCAAAUUUCUCAGCAAGGAUGGUCACCAUUCAUAAAUUCAUUUUCACCCUUUUCUAUAAAACUUAUCUGCUCGAUAGUCGUCCCCUUGAACCUCUACAUUCUGCUCAGCUACUACGAAGCAAAGUUAUAUACGUUUUUUUCUGCAGAAAAUAUUCCCAUUAGAAAUGUCAGAGAUUUGUUACAAAGUGAUUUCUACCUCGUGGCGGAUACAAGUAGCCAAACUGUAUUGCAGUUAUCAAACAACCCAGGACUUUUGGCUAGAGAACAUAACAUGCCAUUAGAAAUUAUAUCCAAGAAAUGGGUGAUGAAAAGUGUAAUUGAUUCAAAAAGCGACUUGGUUUCAAAAGCUGCAGCUAUAAUCUCUUAUCCGGAUACCAUAAUUAUUGAAAGCAAAAGUGCCUGGAAUUUAAGUGACUCUGAAAUUUGUGGUGGGACCCUUGCCAAAUUAAAUUUCUUGCCUUUCUCUGUCCCAUAUUCCGCUGGUAUGAUGACCCCAAAGAAUUCACCGUACAGAGAAAUAUUUAAUAUUCGAUUAAUCAACCUGAUGGAGUCUGGACUUUUGAAGAGAUAUCUCAUCAACCUUGAAGUAUUUGAACUACGAUGUCUUCGUUCAGACGUUCGACAUAUGAACACUAGUCCCGUAGAGUUUGUAAUGUUGGGCAUUUCAGACUUAUUUCCAGCAUUUCUAAUUUUACUCGUGGGAAUUACUCUGUCUAUUGGAAUUAUUAAGUAGCUUCAGCUACUUUAUGUGAAGACUUUGUCUGUCUGUCUGUCUGUCCGUCUGUCUGUCAGCAGGAUAUCAGGAGAAC